AUGCAGCCGAGCAACCGACGUGGGCUUUCCUCAUUUGAAGGCGCAGUGUUACCAUCAAACGAUUCCUUCUAUGCCUGGGAUGGCACUCACUCCGACAUCGCCCGACAACUCUACUUCCGAGCCAAGGCUGGAGACGCAGUAUCGCCGUACGGCAACUUCAAAGUACCAUCGGCGGUUCAGGGACGUCUUGAAGAGCUUAGGCUUGCGUGGGAUAAGCUACCUGGAAUAGCCCAACGAGCGCUGUUGUGGGAUUCUGGUUUUGGGGUUUCCCCGACAAAUGAACCAGUAAAGUUGUGGACUCUGAAUGGCCAUAAUAUGGCAAACCUGGCAGUUCCUCUAGCACAGUACCAGGCGGUUAAUUGCACGGAGCGCACAUGUACCCAACCCGAUGACACCCCAAGUUACAGUAACCAGCAGUGCACCGGAGUCGAUAUUCUGAAGGCUGCUAGUGAACAGGGACUACAUACCGAUGUGACUGUCGACGACUCGGAAACAUCGUCUCGUAGAUUUGGUAGCGGCGUGCAGAAGCGGCGAAGCUCAGGGUAUAGUGUCGACUACAGCUCGGGAUCCAACUUGACAAUGAAAAUUCUACUCGACAGCGAGCAUUUAAUUGGAAUGCGUAUCCCCUUUGACAGUUUGUCGUUCACUCGAGCCUUGUCGAAGGGUGCUUACGGUGAGGUCUGGAUAGGCGAGUAUGACGGUCAGCAGGUUGCUAUCAAGAAGCUUUUCUCAGGCAGAGAUCACAAGGCGGAGGAAGUGGAAGCGUUUGCGAAGGAGAUCGAGCUGACUGCUCGUCUGGCCCACCCCAACAUUGUGUCGUUCGUCGGCGUCGCAUGGAACACUUUAACCAAUUUGAUCAUGGCGCUCGAGUUUCUGCCAUCUGGAGACUUGCACGGGUACCUCACCAAGCACGCCGACGUUCUGUCGUGGAGUAAGGAUAAGAUGGGUAUCGCCAUCGGUGUUGCCAGGGCACUCGAGUUCCUGCACUCUCAAGUUCCACCGCUUAUUCACCGUGAUCUCAAGUCGAAGAAUAUUUUGUUAACGAGACAGUUAGAGCCCAAGUUGAUUGACUUUGGUGUGAGUCGAGGCUGCGAGGACUUCUCGAUGACGGCUGGUGUCGGUACACCAUACUGGACGGCGCCGGAAAUCCUGGAAGGCAAGCGGUAUACUGAACAAGCGGACAUUUAUUCACUCGGAGUCGUACUGACAGAGAUUGAUACUGGUAAACUGCCCUACCACGACGCCCUUACGCCCGAAGGUACCAUCCCUAAGCCGUUCAUGAUCUUGGCCGAUGUGAUUGCCGGCAUCUUACGCCCAAGUUUCGCUGAGGAGUGCCCUCCCAAAAUCCGCCAAAUUGGUGUGGCUUGCUGCCAACACAAUCCAGAUUCGCGUCCAACCGCUACCGAGGUGGUGACACUGCUCUUAGAGGAGGAGAAGAGCUGCUGA